UCCAUCUUAGUUUAUUUUAUCUAUUUUUAUUUGACCGAAUCUUUCGUGAACCACAAUUAUUUGGCUGAACGGGAAUAUGAGUUGUUAGCUACUUCAAUAUUUUGUUUGUUAAACUGAUUUGGAUAUUGAAUGACAAAUCAAUAACUCGCAGUGUUAAUCAGUAAUAUGCCAUGAGUUUAACGGUUCCAUUAUUCGUAAAGAAUUAUAAUUUUUUUUAAUUAGGAUUACCAGUGGGUUAUUAAAAUAGACUUAUUAAAAUAAAAAAUUAAUUAACAUGUCCACUGUUGUAUCUUCUUGUUAUAAGAAACCUGUUUUAUUUAAAUUUUCGAAAUCGUUUUUUAGUUUUGAUAAUAUAAGGAAAACUACUGACUUAGCAAGUAAACCAGGGUCUGAUGAGGAUGAAUUUAGAACUUUAGAUAUCAGAGGGGGAAAAACACCUCAGACUUAUUCAAGGAAAAAACAACCUCGUGUUGUGUUUCCUCCUAGAACGGAAAGGAUGCCUGUUGAUCAAGAUUGGUCUAAUGUUUGGCCUGGUCCUCGAACAUUUCAUCCUGCAAGUGUACCGCUACCUCUCAGACAGGGAAUUAAUAAACUUGGAGCCUCCCCAGGAAAAGUUGGUAAUGUCGAACUUAUGAAAAUUCCAAAUUUUUUGCAUUUAACUCCACCAGCUAUAAAGAAACAUUGUAUGGCAUUAAAAAAAUUUUGCACACCUUGGCCAAGAGCAUUAAGUACCAAUGAAAAUUGCCAAAAAUAUUUUCCUUUGGAAUUGAUUCAAACUGAUUAUUGUCAUUCAUCACCAUCAAUCCGAAAUCCUCUAGCUAGAAUUAUUACGAUCAAAUUUCCUUUAGAUAAACUUCAUUUGGAUGAGCAUGCUAAAGAUAAGUUUUUGAGACUUGUAGGUGAUCGAUAUGAUGAGGAAACUGGUAUUGUUACCAUUGUAACUGACAAAUGUCCUUUACGUAAACAGAACUAUGAUUAUGCGCUAUAUCUUUUGACAGCUGUAUAUUAUGAAUCGUGGACUUUUGAACAUUGGGAAAUUGAAAAAUCUCAGCCAGAUUUGGAAUAUUAUGAUUGGGACAAUAGUAAAUGUAAAGAAAAUUUAAUACAUUUAUUCAAACAGGCAAACCAAAACAUGGAAGAAAAUAAUUUACUGGUUGAAAGAUUAAAGGAAAGUAUUGUUGCAUUAUUUGAUGAAGGUGAAAAUAAUUAUAAUUUGAAGAGAUACAAAGAAGCUACUUUGAAUAUAUUGUUUCCUGAAUGUUCUUGAAGUUUUCUGCAAUUUUUAAGUUUAAUAGUGAUAUUUAGGCUUUGGAUCUUAUUUUUUAAGAGCAUUGAUAAAUCCAUACAGCCAUGUAGAAAAUUAACUUAAAGUUUUGGACCUGAGAUAUCUACUCAUUAAGUCAUCAUUAGAACUGUCAAUGGUUUCUGUUUUAAUUGUAAUAAAAUAAGUAUUUCUUUGUUCAGUACAAUAUAUUUUAACUGUGAAUAAUUAAUCUUUCCUUUCACU